GUGUGAUGGCAGCUGGAAAUCUCUCCCCCCUCGAUGGCUGGAUCCCCCGGAUGCUGGUGGUGGUGACAGCUGGCAGUCACCUCAUACUUCAGUCUGGCUGCGCACCCCGCAGGGCUGUGGGCACGACGUGGCGUGACGUGGUGGAGCCAAAGGGAGGGCGUCAGCAGGGAAAGGGACUGGUGGCAGUCCUGCUGUGUCACCAGCCCCGUGCCAUUUGUGCUGGCCCGGCUGGCUCAGUGGCUGCUCCACAGAGAUGUCCUGGCUGGUGCUGUCACCUGCUUCUGCUGCUGCCUGUGUCACCCUCCUGCUUGGCUGUGCCUGGCUUGGCUCUGCCACCCAGCCCUCCUCAGCGCUGGUCAGAGGGCGAUCCCUGCUCCGUCUCACUCCCCUGGAGAAGAACGUGUGCUCCCAGGCCUCUGAGGAAGAUUUUCUCAACAGCACCCUCAGCACCCGCCUCCUGCCUGCCCUCUACUCCGUGGUGCUGCUGGUAGGGCUGCCAGCCAACGCUCUGGCCUGCUGGGUCCUGGCCACCAACUUCAGGAGAUGCUCCAGCACCAUCUUCCUUCUCAACCUGGCUGGGGCUGACCUGCUCUUUGUCCUCCUGCUGCCCUUCAAGAUCUCCUACCACCUCCUGGGCAACCACUGGCUCUUUGGGGACUACCUGUGCCGCACCAUGGUGGCCUUCUUCUAUGGGAACAUGUACAGCUCCAUCCUCUUCCUCACCUGCAUUGGCCUGGAUCGCUACAUCUCCGUGGCGCACCCGUUCCUGUGGAAGGGCUCCAGCUGGACGAGGGCCAAGGUGGGCAUCUGUGUGGGCAUCUGGCUGGUGGUGGGGCUGGGCAUGAGCCCCCUGCUCUUGCGCUCCCACACACACAGCAUCUCCAGCCUGAACAUCACGACGUGCCACGACGUGCUAGACAAGGAAACCCAAAGGUUCUUUGGCUACUAUUUCCUGUCCUUGGUGGGGCUGGGCUUUGGCCUGCCCUUCGUGCUCAUGACCGUCUCCUACAGCUGCAUCCUGGCGCGGCUGCUGGCCGAGGGAGGGAACUACCGGCAGGUGGUGCGUGUCCUGGCCCUGGUCCUCAUGGUCUUCAUCCUCUGCUUCACGCCCAGCAACGUGAUGCUCUUCAUCCACUACCUGCUGGAGCCCACGGGGUGCAACAACAGCACCUACAUCUCCUACGCCCUGGUCCUGGUGCUCAGCGCCUGCAACAACUGCUUUGAUCCCUUCAUCUACUUCUAUGUCUCCCAGGAUUUUCGGGGCUGGGUCCGGGAUGCAGGAGGCCGUUGCCUGCAGGGGCUCGAGGCCUCGUUGGGGAGGUCCACAGAGAAGAUGGCCCUGCCCCUGAGGUCCAGCGGGCAGAGCUAGGGCUGCCAAGCCGUGCCCCCAUGCCUCGGGGAUGAGGGAGCCUGAAGCGUGCCCACCACGAAGGGCUGGAAAUAGACUUGGGCAAAAAUUCCCACCUGGAUCUGAGGUUCACGAGGAUUUUGCCUCAUUUUUGCUCCCCUGAUGACAGCAGCGCUGCCCAAUCCCAUGGGACCCCCAGCUGGGUGCCUGGCACCCCGAUCUCCCCAUCUGCCAGACCC